UAUUUGAAAAAUUAAAGUUUGAAACUAGCCAACAACCCUUUUGUAUUCAAUAUAUCACCUUGUCUCUCCCUUAGAACUCAACUAUGACAUUCAAAGUUGUUAUGUUCUUCAUAGUCACCUUGCUUGUCAUCCUUGAUCAUUUUGUUGAGUUUUCUUAUAGCUUUACAUUCAAUAUAACAGUGUCUUUAGAUGGUAUGGGAAAUUUUUUUAGAGUUAAUGAUGCUAUAGCAGCAGCGCCUAACUUUAGCACAAGCAGAUUUUAUAUUCACGUGAAACCUGGCACUUACAAUGAGCACGUUGAAGUUCCAGCUCAGAAGACAUUUAUUGCUUUGAUUGGAGAUGAUGCUUCUACGACCAUCAUAGUUGACAAUAGAAGUAAUGGCACUGGAUUUUCUACUGCGACUUCCGCAACCCUUACUGUGAGUGGUGAAAACUUCAUGGCUCAAUCCUUGACUUUUCAGAACUCUGCUGGACCAGACAAGGGUCAAGCCGUUGCUGUUCUUGACCAAGCUAAACACACAGUAUACUACAAGUGUGUGUUUCUUGGUUAUCAAGAUACUCUCUUUGCAGGAGCAGUGCCCCAAUUCUUCAAGGAGUGUGAUAUAUAUGGGAGUGUUGACUUUAUUUUUGGAAAUGGACUUGCAAUAUUCCAAGACUGUAAUAUAUACGCUCGAUUGUCAGACAUUCACAUUACAGUCACUGCACAAUCCAAAGACAAUGUGGACAACCAUAGCGGGUUCAUCUUCCAAGCGUGCAACGUGACAGUGUCACCGGAGAUAGUAUCAAGUAAGAACAAGGUAACAGUGUUUCUUGGACGACCAUGGAGAACUUAUUCAAUGGUUGCUUUCAUUGAGUCGUUUCUUGACGAUGUAGUUCAACCGAAAGGAUGGUUAGAGUGGCCAGGAACACCAGUGAACCUAUUAUUUUAUGCAGAAUACAAAAAUAGUGGUACAGGUUCGGAGACUUCCAAUAGGGUGGAUUGGCCUGGUUUUCAUCUAUUUUCUUAUGCAGCUGAAGUUGCAAAUUUUACCGUUGAAAACUUUAUUGAUGGGACUCAAUGGUUACCAGAAACUGGCAUACCCUUUAGGACUGGUUUGUAAGUAUUGAUAAGACGUAGAUUUAACGUGGCUUUGGUUUUAUGAGUCUGUAAGUAAAGCCUUAUUGUAAUGAAAUAAACAUUUAUGAAAUGAACAGUACUAUUUUAACAAGUUCAA